GGGGGGCGACAUUUAUCCGCUGUGCCUUGACUAUGUCGCAUUUUUAUUGAAACAAUGCAUUUUAUAUUCAUUUUCGUGAUUUCAGUAUUUUCAAUCGAUUUAAUCCGAUUGUCUCGGAUAAUGUCGGAUUUCUUCAAUUUUCAUUCGCUAAUUUAUUUUCAGUGCAUUUUGUUCCAUGCGUUACACACGUUACACACGCACACACAUAAUCGUCAAACAAAUACUUAUAAAUCAAACGUCAAAACAAGUUCACUCUGUUUACGUUUACUCUGCGCGUACCAAAUUCUCGUCCAAAAUCUCGCAAUUAUUUCUGUUUAGUGCUAAAAGUGGCGAAAAUAUGGAUUAUUUUUGGAGAGUAUUGAGCAAAGUGGUCGGUCCGAUUCCAGUAAGUAUCAAGGUGAUACUGGAGCAGCUGCGAUACAUCCAUGGCGGCCUUGCCUACUUAAAUGAUGACGUUAUAAACGCGAUGGAGGAGGAAGUCAAACACCUUCCAGAAACAACCGGAAAAUUAGAUCGUGAAUGGCAGAAGAUGAUUGGCUUCAACGGGCCUUUGAAAAACUUCCGCUUCGUGUUGGGAGAGCGGAGCUUAUUGAAGGUGAUAUCCAAUAUAGUUGAGAAGCAAGGCAUUUCCAAAUUCACGAAGGAACUAAUCAAACAAGACUUCCUUGGAAAAUCUGAAUCGGCCCCCGAAAAACAGACUGAGCAAUCGGUGAGGCAGAAAGUCAUCGAAUUUUACACAAAGAAAUGCAGCAAUGGAAGCAACGCCGAAACAUACUUUUUCGAUCAAAUAGCAUCCAUGAAGGUCGACAUGAUGAAGCUGGCACGAGGGCGGUCCUAAAGUGUCCUUUUUGCGAAUUUGCAUGGAAAAAUCUGGCAGCUGGAAAAUAUCUAGCUUUUCUUCACAUGUUCGAGUUAAGCAUGCCGAAUACGAUAUUCCCGGUGAUUUUAUCUCACAGCAG